AUGACUGUUACUUCUUUUUUAUUUUCUAUUCCCUUUGUAUUGCUUUUUUUUUCUUAUCUUUUUGAUUGUUUUCUUUUUUUCUAUCUUUCUUUAUCUGUUUUACAUUCACACUUUUUUUUCUUUCUCUUCUUUUUCCUUUCUCAUUUUUCUGUUAUUUUUCAUUCUUCUUCUUCUUCUUCUUCUUUUCCUCCUCCUUCCCCUUUUUUUACAGAAACCAUUUUCUUGUUCCUUGAUAUCAUUCAAUUUUUAUCCUUAGUCAUCCAUUCUUUCUUUCCUUUUCUACUUUUUAACUAUAAUUCUUUUAUUUAUUUAUUUUUUUCCCUUUUUAUUCACACUUCUUUUACUUUUUCAAAUAAGAAAUUUUCUUUCACCUCUUUUUUUCUUUUUGCUUUUCUUCAGUUGCUUUCAUUCUUAACUUUCUUUACAUCUUCAUUAUCUUUUUUUCAUUUUCUUUCCUUCUUUUGA